UCGUACCGUGAAUUUGCGAUUACUUGCCGACGAUAUUUUUCAUAUUUCACGGCAGUGAUUUUUGUUGUAAUUCAUUGACUCUCAAUUUUUAUAAAAAUGAAGAAUACUCUCGAAACUGUACAACAGAAGAAGUUGAUAAUCCUGUAAUUGUAGAGUCACAAAAUAGUUGUCCUUUGCCAAGUUUAAAACAAUCAGGUUUCUCUCAAUGCGCACACACUACUCAAUGACGGAUGAAUCACUGACCAAUGUGAAUAGAAAUCACGGCCGGUAGAAUCCCGGAACGGGUACGGCACGAUUACGGCACUGUCACGUCACUGCUGUGUGUUAAUAGACCUUUAAGACAACAUGGAACAAAUAGUCAAGAUUUUUGUGCAACAUAGCUACUUCAUUGAAAAUGAUUUAAUAGUUGAUUAUAAUGUGGAACAAGGAGCCCAUGUAAAUAUAUCACAAAAAGAUUGGAUAGCAUUAAUACCUAAAGGAUGGUCUGGAGUAGAUGAACAAGUUGCUUUUAAAACUGUUGAUAUUAGUAGUGAUAUAGUAAAUUUACCAAUUAAAUCAAUUGUUAUGGAGAAAAAAUGUUUUCAAGAUGUAGUAGAGUGUGAUAAAUACUACCAACUCAUGUAUGUCAGCCAGUAUUUAGAGAUUUUAGGCAAAAGUGAAUACUUUGUGUUCCUUCACCAUACCAGUAUUUGCAACUGUGCUUCCUCUAUAAAAACUAAAAGUAAAGGUAAUUCAAGGCCAAAUCGAAAUUCUACAGUCUUUAGUAAACCUAUACGCAGACAAUCUCCAACACCACAUGAUUUUUACAAAAAUCAACAACAAAAUAAUGCAGCAAACAGUGAAAAAUCAAAAUCAAAACAGUGGUUAGCAAAUAAAUGUAUUAAAUGUAAUGCACCAAACAAUUUUGCAGCAGUUGAAAGUGCACUACAUGCAAAAAUUCAAGAUUUAACAAUAAGUAAUGAAAUUAAGAAGCAAAGUUUAUUGACUUUAGAAGAUGAUUUAACUCAAACAUUGGAAUUAAUUAACAAACAAUUCAAAUUACAUAAAAAUAUUUCCCAAGAAAAAAAUAAUAUUGAACAAUUUAUUGAUGAUAUAGUUGAUGGCUUAUUGAAUGAUGGCAAGAUAACAUUUUGGGCUCAUGAUCAAGAAUUUUCAGUUAUAAGAGAAUACCCGGAUAAAAUUAAAACAUCAUUGCUAUCAGAUGAUUUUACUACAUUUGUCAAUAAUGAAUCUUUAAAUUCUUCUAAAGAAGUACAAAUGAAAGCAAUUAUCGGUCAACAAGAAAAAACUAUUCAACAUCUUAUGCAUAAAAUAAAGGAUAUGUUGGGUACUUUUCUUAAGGAAAAUGAACAGUUAACAAAAAAAAACAACAACAUUUCACCUCUUUCAGAAAAUAACAUUGGUAAUAUGGGUUACAUGGAUAGAUCAGGAACAACAUAUUUUUCUCCUUCACCAAAUAUUAAUGAUACAUUAAAUAGCAUAAAUGUAUGUUUAUCUAAAUCAAUUAAAAAUAAUAUUUUAAAGUUGCCAGAAAAAAAUGUUUUUGAAAAAGAAUUGUCUGAUAUUCCAGAAUCUAAAGAACAUUUAUUAAAUAAAGAUGACAAAAACCAAAUGUUAACUUUUGAAGAUCAAAAAAAAGAGAAAUCCGAUUGUACUAAAUCAACUAAAAGUGGUUUCAAUAAAAAAAAAAAUGGAUUAAGCACUAUUGAACUAAACAAAAAUAAUGAUUUAGAAUAAUGUGGUGAUUCUCUUUGGAUGUUUCCUGUAAUCAACAUAUUAUGAUUUUGUAUGACAUAACUGAAGUUUUGUUAUAUUCUUGAAGAUUCUUUAUACCUUUUU